CAGGUAAGUUUUAGGUACAUGAUGACAUUCCGUAUCGCGAAGUUAACUUCUAUCUUUUAACAUGCAGUGAGAUUUCUCACUGUUGUGGCAUCUCCAUGGAUGCUUGUGGUUUAGUUCGUGGUUCUGCAAGCUGUAAUCUGUGGGAAAUGGCACUUCAAGGCCGUUGAUGUUACAGAUUCUAACCACCAAGCUGAAAAUAAAUCGAUGGAUCAACUACUUCUAAAGGUAAAUGUCUAUUACGAUUUCAAGCAGAUCAUGUGAACAAGAUGAACAUUCAUAAAGCACAACAAAACAGACUGCAUUAAUAAAAGUGACAAUACAUGCACCCUAUACGAUUGAACAAGCUGCUCAUUUCAAGAAGACAAAAUAAUUCAGAUGGGAUUGCAACAAAGCAGGAAAAGUUGAUGGUUAUCUGGUCAUGUUGCUGAGACAGAUUUUACGUUUUUGGAAUACUUCAGGUUCUACAGAGAAGAAGCUGUAACACAAUGGCACAUGAUGGUCGCGAUGUCACCGCCACUUCCAAACCGAGAGGUAGCUAUUUGGAUCCUCUUAAGGCAUGCUCUCUCUCUGGAGAAAACGGGGUGCCUGUAGGAAAAUCAGAAUCGGCAACCUUCUCCAAAUACAACUCCCUCAUCAAACAAUCGCGUCGGAAUGCGACGCGGGCUUCCGUGCUCAACGAUGUCGAGCGGAGUCGAUUUGAUUCCAUCGUCAAGCGGAUGGAAAGCGAGCACGUCUACCAUACGGCCGUGCUCGAUCGGCAAAAGAGACAGUUCCGAAAAUCCCUGCAGGUGCUCGAGAAAGACCGACGGGCGGUGAAGCGGUAUUUCGAUAAGGGUGGUAAAUGGGUGGCGACGCCGCUCAAGCUGGUCGAUGGCGUCGACUCGAAGAUGAAUAGACUUGAGCGACAUGAGCGACAUGAUCUUUUGCCGCCUAUUGAGGCCGUGGCGGCCGUGCAGGAAGUCAACACUGAAAUACCUGGACACCCAGGAGAUCAACCAACGGUGAACAAUGUGACAACAGAAGUCGUCCAGCCUGCUUCAGACAAGGAAGAAGUUGCUCCCAAGAUGGACAGCCCUGUAUCGCAGAAGCCCCCUUUUCCUACCCGUCGACUGCAAAGCAUGCCCAUGGAGGCAGCUUCCAGCUCAAUCCCGAAGCCGCCACAAAGAUUCCAUACGGGCGAUGACUUGGAAACGAUGAGAGAACAUUUAAUGAGUGGACAUCAUGACAAAGAUGACGACAAUCGACAAAACAAUGACGUGUCUGCUUCGAUAUGAACGUUUCUGUGUUGGCCAAAAUUGCUUUUGAAACAUAAUUAUAAAGGCUCACUUUAUCGGCCAACGCGUGUUGCCAUUUGCCACUGUAUAAUGCUUGUUUUUGCAUUGCCACUUGCCGUGUUUUCAUUUAUUACGUCAAUUUAAAUAUCAAAUCUAUUGUUCAAAUGAUAUGUUGUCUUUUUAUAUAUACCUUAAUAGACUCAAGGAAUUUUUUAUAGCCUUGUAUUAUUUUGUAAAAAAAAAAAAUGUCAACCAAUAUAUUAGUCGUUUGUAUACGUUCUUUAAAGUUAAACGUUUAUAUUCACAAUUAAGUGGUAUAGCAUUUUUGUCAAGAUGGUAAGGCCUAUUCUUCUAUUUUUUUUUAUUUGUCACGGAGAAUAAAUUAGUAAAGCUAAUACCUCGACAAUUAUCCCGGUCAUUGGAUUCAGGCUUACCAGCUUACAAUGUAUUCAACCAGGCGCCAUUUUACAGACACUCACAAUGAUGGGCAAGCACCCUACCGUGAACCCAUGAUUGACACCUGGGUGGACAGUGUCAAAACGGGAUUAAUAGGUUUCCAAAAAACGUUAGUGCCGGGCUGGGAUCCGAACCUUCAAUCCUUGGAUUGAGAGUCAAGUGAAUGCAUCUUUAUACCACGAAACCUCCACAAAGUGUUAUGCGAAACCGGUGUUCAAAGUAUCUAAAAUUGAAUUGAUGGGGAAAGUAGAACAAGCGUAUAUAGAAAAGUAUCAUUUAAAAAAAUAAAAAAUAAGGGCGUACACAACUUAUCAAACUAAUCAAAAGGAUAUGGGAUAUUUUAAACUUUUACGAUAACUUCGUAAGUAUUUUAAUUUUGUAAUCGCUAAAAAUGAAUAAAUUUCAAGAUGUCCGCUGAUAACACACAAGAAUGAGACAGGAAAAUAAGAAAUAUUUUACUUUGAAUGACAAAAAUGGAAUGACCUCUACUUUCCCACUGAUCGACUGAGUGUGUUUUGUGAUUUUUGUCUUAUAAUUUUGGGUUGUUGAAAAAAAUGCGUGUGUGUACAUUGCAAAAUUAUAUAUAAGCGUAUAUAUUGUAAAGAAAAAUAUAUAGACCUACGGGACUUAUUACCCAUAAAGCCACAUACAAAUGUGAAGUGUACUGCCAAUAAGGAAAUAUUAUUUUCUUUUUCUGCACAUUAAAGGACUAGCUUAAAGUGGAAAUGGCUAAUAUGUAAUCACGGAUGAAACAGUCUAUAUAUCUAUAACAAUUAUUAAACAAGCGUUAUAGUUAAUCUGCUCCGACAAAGCGCCCCCGAUUGUUUUGUUGUUCAAAUAUAUUGAAAUAAUUAUCAAAAUAUGCGACCAUGCAUUCCAGGACCGUCACAAAUAAGUUUGUAAAGUCGUUUUCAUAUUCAUGUAAUGGUAAUGAUAUGAGCUACACGUAUGUAGUAAUGUAACAUGAUAACGUUUU